GUCAAAUUUUUGUUUCUCAUUUAAUAGACAUAAUUUUUAAACUAUAGGAUAAUAUUUCAUGUUAUUGUAAUAAAUUCUUUUUGCAUGAAUUAUACCAUGUUUGAUAUAUUGUUUUAUAUUUUUAAAUUAAUAUCAUUCUUUAUUUAAAUUUGAUAUUCUCAUAGUAUAUGUGAUGCUAAUGGCUACACGUAUCGAUUUUCUGAAGGAACUCUUAAAGGAAACACUGACCACGCACAAUGUUGUGCAACGUUUCUACAUAUGUAUAUUAUGUCCGUUUCAAAUAUCUACAAGUGAUUAUUUCAGUAUCAGAAAUGCAAAGAAAUGUUUCAGAUAAAAGUUAUAUGGUAUCAAGAGGGACAUAUCAUGAUGACUUUGACCUUGAAAUAUCGUUAGAGAAUUUGAUGAAGGUCACAUUUAAGCUUUCAAAGACCUCUAUAUUUUUUUAUUGCAUAUUCUUAUAGCUCAUAUUAACGUUUUAUGUUUCAUUCACAUAAUACAUACUGCAAUUACCAUUAAGAACAUUUCCUAACAUGAACAGAAAAUUAAUUAGUUAAUAUUAUUAAUAAUAAAAUGCACAUACUGGUUAACUCAGAAAUUUUUAAUUACAAUCAAAACGUCACUAUUUUUCAGUUGAACUAUAUCCUAUUUUAUUGAUUGUAUAUAUGUACCUACAUUACAUCUGUUGAUCACACCCAAAAUAGUGUCUAUUAUUUUUAGUUUUUUAUUUCAAAACAUCCUUAAAAAAUAUUUUGCCUGUUAGUUAAUACUUCAGUUAAUUUUUUUAUGUUCUUUAAUAAUUCAAUUUUAUUUGCACAAAGGUAUUCUUUUACUGAAAUGGUAGUGAAAUUGUUGAUAGUAAAGAAUAUAAUUUAAAAACUAUUAUAAAUUGAUGGAUUUAUCACUACUUAUAUAGAAUUAUUAUUAUUAUUAUCAUUGUUGUUGCUUAGUCCGUGCCUUUUGGCUUUGGACGAACUUUCGGUUUUACAUCUCUCAUGACUAAUUCUUUUUUUAUAUAUCUACCUCCCCUCUUUUCCACUCUAUUCUAUUGCACUCCCUUAGUUAUUCUAUUCUCUAAAAACUAAAACUAGGAACUACAAAUGACUAAACCACUAAUGACUAAAAACUAUUGCAACUUUGGGCUUUAGUCUCCUUGCUGUGCAUCCUUCCUGUCGUUUGCCCUUCUCUUCUCUAUUAUUGCUUUCAGUUUUGCUAAACCUUCUCUCGUCUCAUUUAAUGUUUUUCCUAUGUCCUUUGGUCCUCCCGUUAUUUCGCAUUCUUCUAUUACAUGCCUCAAGUCUUCUUCAUUCCUUUUACAUAGUCUGCAUCUUUUUUCUCCCUCUUCCUUCCAGUAUUCCCUUGCUUUGGUCUUGUUUCCACAUUUGAAUCUUGCCAGUAUUCUUCUGUCUUUCCACUUCAUCCUCCCUUCUAGGUACACUUUGGUAAUUUUUCUUUGGCUAUAUUUCCGUAGUGUAUAUUAAAUUUGGAUUCCCUUAUCCUUUUUUCCCUCUCUUCUGCUUCUCUCUUUCUUCUUUCUUCUUAAUCUGAUCUGCUGUCAUCCUUUCUUGCUCCUCUCUUACUUUUAUCUGCGUUCCUCCCUUUCUCACCUCUUCUAGUCCCUUCUUUCUCUUUCUUGCUCUUUUCCCUUCAUGGCCAUUUUCCCAGUUUCUCUCUCUUUCCUUUAUACACCCCUUUACUAAUUCCUUUUUUGAUUUUAGGGUCUUCUCUUCGUAUUUUGCUGCUCAUUUUAAUGUUUUUUCUUUUAUUUUAUAUAGAAUUAUCUGAAGUUAAAUAUUAAAGCUAAAAAGAUAUUGGAUUCGAGUCAUUUGUAUAAUUAUCUACUUAUUUUUUCAAGUUUCAACAAAUUUCGUUUUGCGCGUGCUUGCAAAUUUUCUAGACGCUUAUCCGUUCGAUUGGAGCGCCUCUACAUAUUACGGUCAUGUUGAAAAAUACUGCAGUCUGUUCUGAACAGUGGUCGUAUUAGUGCAUCUAUCACAAAGUAACCAAAUAUUGAGAUUAUAAUAACAUUAAAUCACGAAAAAUUGAAAAACCUCAAUUAAUCUAAUUUACUUGAAUUAGUCAGAAAUCUACGAAUCUAAAUGUCUCUAGAACAACUUUGUCCCAAUUUGUGGGAAAAUUUGGAGCGUGCUAUUUUAGAUUAAAAUUUGCUCCAUGGAAUUAUUCCAGGAACUCUGGUUCUAAGAAUUAUGCGCACGUCCGAUUUUCUAUCACGUAGAUCGAAUUUAAAGUUUCCGACGAAAAAUUACAGACCAUGGUAUGAACUCUUGCGUAAAGGAGAAGAGGGUGUAUCAACCGUGUUAGCUAACAGAGACGAAUUCCGUGUGGAUUUAGACGUGCAACAAUUUGCACACGAAGAAAUCAAUAUUAAAGUCGUAGACCGUUUUGUCACUGUCGAAGCAAGUCAUGAAGAAAGGGAAGAUGAACAUGGUUGGAUCUCCAGACAGUUUACGAGGAAAUACAUAAUUCCAGAACAGUGCGAUAUCGAUCAAGUUUCCUCGAAACUUUCAUCGGACGGCAUUCUUUCGAUCAUUGUACCGCGCAAACAAAAAUUAACUUCGGAUAGCGGAAGGGUGAUUAACAUCGAACGGACCGGUAACUCUGUAUGCGACAUGCAGAAAGAAGAAAACAAGGAGAAGGAGGAGGAGGCGCAGGAAAAUUAA